AUGCCUAAAGUUAAAAGAAAAUGCGUAUUUAAUGAAAAUUUACAAAAAGAAUACGAGUUUUUAAAAAUAUGUGUGAAGCCAGGAAUAAUCGACAAAAUUGAAUGCAUCAAAUGUGUAGCAAUUUUCAGUAUAGAACAUGGAGGAAAAUCUGACAUUACUCAGCACAUUAAUACAAAACCCCAUAAGCUUGCUGUUGAAUCUGAAAAAGGUAAUUCAGAACGUGGGCUUUUCAUGUGUGCCAGGCGCCAGCAUAACCAUAGUUUUAUAUCUAUGGACUGUACUUCACAGUUGAUACGUAAAAUGUAUGACAAGAAGUUCAGUUGUAGUCGUACUAAAACUAAAGCAAUAAUUGUCAAUGUUUUAUAUCCAUACGCCUAUGAAAAAUUGAAAACUUAUUUGAGUAAUGCAAAUUUUGUUUCAAUUUUGAUCGAUUCUUCAAAUCACAAAGACUUAAAAAUGAUUCCUAUAUUAGUCAGAUAUUUUUCUCCAGAUAGUGGCUUGAAAACAAUUAUUCUUGAAUUUACCGAUUUGCCUGGUGAAACAGCAGAAGAGUUAACAAAUUAUGUUUGGACAUUAUUAAAAACUUGGAAAAUUGAUAAAAGAGUUAUUGCGCUAUCUGCGGAUAAUACUAAUACCGAUUUCGGUGGUGUUAUUCUGAAGCGGGGAAAAAAUAAUCUUUUUUAUAGACUCAAAAAUAAUUUUGGUCACCACUUAAUAGGUGUUGGAUGUUCAGCGCAUAUAUUAAAUAAUGCUAUUCAAACAUUUUUAUGUUUAUUUAAAUAA